AUGUCUCGGCGCCCCAAUCCUGCUGCUGCCAAAGCUGCCGACAAAGCCGCUGCAAAUCAGGCCGUCAUCAAAUCACUACUUAAGCUGCCUGGAAACAAGAUAUGCGCUGAUUGCAAGAGAAAUAAGCUUCCUAGAUGGGCUAGCUGGAAUCUGGGGCUUUUCAUAUGUAUUAGGUGCUCUGGCAUACAUCGAGGCAUGGGUACUCAUAUUAGCAAAGUUAAGUCUGUGGAUCUCGACACAUGGACAGAUGAACAGUUGGCUAGCAUGCUGAAAUGGGGAAAUACUAAGGCGAACAAGUACUGGGAAGCGAAUCUUGCGCCAGGACACGUGCCGUCAGAAGCGAAAAUUGAAAACUUCGUACGCACAAAAUAUGAUGCCAAAAGAUGGGUUAUGGAAGGCGGAAUGCCUGACCCAUCUACCCUUGAUGAUUCUGGAGAAGAGGACAAUCUGCCUUUGAAUGUUGUUCAGCAGAAGCUGGAGAACAGACAAAUAUCCUCCCCUACGCCGCAACAAGCACCGAAGCAACAGCAAAACAUUAACCUCUUCGAUGAUCUUUCUCCAAUGGAGCUGCCAAGGUCCACUACCGCACCUCCGGGAAAUAAGAAUCAACCUUCCCCUAAGAGUGCUCCUGCUCCACCAAAGUCUACAAAGCCAGUCGAUUCUCUUUUGGGCUUAGAUUUUUUUGGAUCGUCGGACCCGACUCCAGCUCGCCCAGCUUCCGUCAAUUCUCUCUCUAUAUGCCUCAAAGCCGCAGCCUCGGACCCAACAUGCCCAGAACUCUUCAUUUUCUGGUAUGUCACAGCCUUCGGUUCAUCAGCAUACGCUCCCAAGCCUUCUCCAUUUGCAAACCUAACAGCCGGGAUGAUGAAGUCCUCGGCUGGUUCUCAACUAUCGCCUACUUCAAGCAAUGGAUUCUUUGGGUCUUCGACAUCUACAAAGCAAUCAAUUUAUUCAAAGACCACUGGGUCGUCUGCCAUGGACGAUUUGUUUGACUUUUCCUCGACACCUGCGCCUGCACUGGCAGCACCGGCCAUAUCCACUAUGAGUGCAUUUAACUUGACUGCAACUAAUGCCACUACCCCUAAACAGCCAACUACGCCGCAGUUCUCAUUUGAUGCAAAUGCGUGGGCUGCACCGGCCGCGACAAUCUCUACGGCCUCAAACAAUGAGUCUGCCUGGGGGACGUCGAUAGGAAGUGCUAGCAUUGCCUCUAACGCAUGGGGCUCACCAGCAACCACAUCCGUUAGUAAGCCACCUACUUCAGUGGUAGGAAUUUCGUCUAUGGCACCCCCAAAGAGUAGUGAGGAUGAUGAAUGGGGCGCAUUUAGCACUGGAGGAGCUGCAACAUCAGGAGCACCAGUGCAGACAACCGGUUUUGGUCAGGACGAUCUAUUCGGAAACGUAUGGAAGUAG